AUGGUCGAAGGAGGCGUCACAAUAGUCAAAUAUCUCCUUUUUCUCGCCAAUCUCGUUCUAUGGGUACGGUAUUUCGAUUCGAACCUCCGACACGGACACUAUCCGUUUUCAGGUCGGUGGGCUAUCGCUGAUUAUUGUCGGCUCCAUUUUACAACUGAAAUACGACAAUGUGUUAGACAUAUUGGGCGACGAAAGGUACUCGAUCGUUUUGGGCUCACGGAGCACACCGUUUCCUGCAGGUUAGCCACCCCAAUCCUCCUGCUCGUCAUCGGCUCCUUGUGCACCCUUCUCGGCUUCCUCGGAUGCUGCGGAGCCAUUCGCGAGAACUACUGUCUGACCGUCUCGUUCGCCGUUCUCCUCGCUCUUCUAAUUGUGAGUUCAUUUGAAUUGAUGACGUAUAUCAGCUGCCUGUAGAGAUAUCAAAAAAUGGUCAACUGAUAAAAUGUUUAUUAGGACAUUGUGAACGUUUUGAUAUCAGUUGACGACUUUUUGAUUUCUCUACCGGCUGCUGAUAUAUCUUGAAUUAAAUUUUUUUGCCCAAUCUAUGCCCAAAUGCGGUCGAGCCAAAGUCGUGACGAAAAUGUCAAUGCGAUGCUCUCUGAGCUUUUCCCAGGAAUUCCCAAUUAGCAAAGCUCCUCUAAUUUCCACAUUCUCCAUACUAAUUGGACGUUUCGCCGUCUCAGCCCACGCACUCUUACCCCCCUCUUCUCUCAGACAUGCGAAAUAGCGGCGGUCAUCAUCGGAUACGCCCUACACGACAGUUUCCGGCUCGGCAUUUCCAAUCAACUUCAGGUUUCGUUUGCUCUUUUUUUUCCUAUAUCUAUUAAAUUUGCAUUUUCAGACGGGUAUGGUUCGAUAUCACGAGAGUCGGGGAGUCGAGACCGCCUGGGACAAAACGCAUCAGGUGAGGGAAAGUGACAAAUGAUAAUGGACGGAGAGUGGGUAAUCCGAGUGGGCGGGGAUUAGGGAAAACGGGUGAAUGGGGAGGAGACCUUAUUCAGAAAAGAGACCGGAAAUGGGAAAAUAUGUGGAGAGGGAGUCGAAUAUUUCACUUUUUCUCAAAACUAUCACAUUUUUUACUUGCAAUCAACCGGUCGGUAACUAUUCUCAGCAUUCUCUGGGAUUGGGAAAUAAAUCUUGAAAGUUUCAAUUCGAUUGGAUUUUUGCCGAUUACCUGAUCAGAAGGUAUACUGAAACGAGACAGAUUCUCAUCCUUAAAUUUCGAUUAAACUAUUAGCACACUGAAAUGACAUAGAGCGCGGAAGAGAGCGAUUUCCAGAUUUCUGCGACUGCAAUAGGGGUUUUCAGUCUGAAAUCGAUAAAUCUCCAGAUCCGUAAAUUUGCAAAGUACAUAGAUAUUCCAAAUCGAUACUGAUAAUAUUGCAAAGUUUGCGUCCGAUUGGAUAACUGGGUCAAAAAGGUCCUAAAGCCAGCCCUGGCGCAUAGCCGAGUCCGGAGACGUUACAAGGAGGUUCUAUACAAUUAAAUCAAUUAAAGGUUCUAAACAAUUUACACAAAAAAGGUGUCGACUGUCAUUCCCUUCUCCUAUUCGCAUAUCAUCGAAUCUCUCGAUUUGCAGUUGUUCGAGUGCUGCGGAGUGACGAAUUCGUCCGAUUGGCUCACGUUCACAACGAUUCCCGACUCGUGCUGCAUCGAAGAAAUGGAGGGGUGCGCGCGCGAGAAUGCUCCGCUUUUCGAGCCCGGAUGCAUCCACAGUGUCGAACGUAACACCCACUCUAUUCCAGCUCAAAUAAUGCCGGUCGCUUGCAGAAUGGGUGCUCCGAAACGGCGCGAUGGUCGGCGGAAUCUGUGCCGUUCUCGCGGCGAUCCAGCUCGUCGGCGUCUGCUUUGCCUGUUGUCUUUCAAAGUCGAUUCUCAAGGAUUUCCAUGACUUUUACUAUUAG